UACAGGCUGUUAUAUUAAGAAUCGUGACAAAUAAGUUGUACAUUGUGACCUGCAGUGAAUGAUCGACAUAUAAGAGCCCAUAUCACCUAAUACAGAUGUUUUUCAGAGACGGAUCAGCACAUACAAACGCACAACUUCAGCGUUAAACGCAGCAUGAUGAGGCCUUAUUUCAAACUCUGUGCUUUACACUGAACACGAGUGAACUAGACGUGCAGAGUGACUGGAGGUUGGCUAGAUUUACCCUGCACUGCAUCCCUGCUAGACACCGAGUGUAAUUCCAGCUAAUGCGGAUAAUGACCCGGGACGCGGUGCGCACGGCGCGCGCUCUGCUUGGAUUUGCAGCGAGCUCGUGUCGCUCACCGCGAGAGAGGGCGCGCUCGGUCGGUGAGAUUACGUGAUCAGAAUUAGUCAUUAACCGCGGAGAUAACAUGCAGUUUGAUUUCCUUUUUUGUGUGUGAAGUGGAUUUCGAUGGAAAGACGUUUUCUCCGGCCAAGUGGUGAUUUUUCUCGGUCCCUUAAACGCCACAUGAGACCCUUGUGGGGUUCGUCAGGCGCAGAGGACCGCCACAGAUGAUGAGAGUCGGAGGGGAAGUCCAGGAAGCUUUUGGCACAUUGCAGCAGAUCUUUCUCAACGACCAGCUGAUCACAACGGGCAGGGGAGUCUGAGGUCUCAAAUGGAUUCGUAUGGGUCUUCACUCAAUCGCAGCCAAUCGCUGGCCAGCGGCCUGGAGAAGACCUCACCAGUAUGGAAGCCAUCCCACUCUCGGAGCAGCAGCACUCUGUCAUCUCGCCACUCCAGACAGAUAAUCAAAGAUUGGGAAGUGAUUGACGACCUCCAGGGAGAAACGCCCACAGGAGGUGACAGUCUUAAUGACAUGCCCACUCCAGGUAUCUGCGAAGGGUAUCUCCUCAAGAGGAGGAAGUGGCCACUGAAAGGCUGGCACAAGCGAUACUUUGUCUUGGAGUCAGGGAUUUUGCGUUACUCCAAAAAUCAACAGGAUGUCUCCAGGGGAAGAGUCCAGGGAUCUCUGGACGUUAGCCUUGCAGUUAUGUCGAUAAACAAGAAGUCAAAUCGGAUCGACUUGGAUGCAGGGGACAUUCUCUAUCACAUGAAGGCAAAGAGCCACGAACUCUUCUACAUUUGGGUAACCAAGCUACAAGCCCACCGCUUGUACAAGAAGAACGAGGCAGCUCAUGUUCACAGUGGCUUCCUCCAGACGUUGUCCCCUGGUACCGUGGCUGGCCUGGCUCAGAGGAAUGGAGAUUUGAGCUCUGCAGGCAUUGCAGAAUCAGCUGUAGCAUCAGGAGUGCUGCCCUCCGCUAACACCGCGGUGAACAGCAAAGUGUCGGCCUGGCUGCAGCAAAGUCUCGACCCGGACACCUGUGCUCAAGAGCUGAACCGCUGCCAUUUGGAUCUCUCCGAGCUAAACCGCCUGAUCCAGAGCUUGCAAGGCUUGGAGACGGGCCAUGUUUUCACUAACGGGGACCUAAAGCGCAUCAUCAGCAUACAGAAUCUUUCGCUUGAGAAGCCGAAGAAGUCGAGGUCGGGGAAGAUGUGGGGCCAUUCUCGAACCCUGUCCAGAGUGGAGGCCUUGGGAAUGCUGUCCUCCAGUCACCUGAGCAGCUCGCCUCACCUGGGCACCUCAGUCCCCUCUAUCCCUGACUACGUCUACUCCCAGCUGUCCCCUCCUACUGUCACAAUGUCGCCUGAAGGCAAGAAAAUUCAGCAGGACAUCUGCGCCAUUUCACUACGAGUGCUUGCUUCCCUGAAGUCAGUGCACGAAACUUUGUCCCAGGAGAGGCAGAAGCUGCAGGAACUCUGGGAAACCAACAACAUCCACCAGUCAAACACAUUAGCCGAGCCUGCAGCAGUGAGGCGUCCAUCCCACGGGCCUCCCUCAGUGGCAGAUUCAGCUGCGGAGUAUUUCGACGCCAGCGAUGAUAUCCUCUGUGGUAGUUCCUCUGAGGUGUCUGAUGAGUCAGGACUCAGUGAUGGAAGCACCACCAACUCUGAGCCAGAGGAAGGACAUGCGUCAGCCACCCGGAAGUACCAUGCUAGCAUUUCCAAGUCCCCUAACAGUGUUGUUCCAAAGAGCACCGGACGGCGGACUGCGCUGCCUGCUCCCUGUCCUGACAACAGCCACGUGGGCCUCAUGGCUAUCCUCUACAACAACAUAGGUAAAGACUUGGCUCGAGUGUCCAUGCCUGCUGCUCUCAACGAGCCUGUUAACCUGCUGCAGAGGCUGUGUGAGGAGCUGGAAUACAGUGAGCUGCUGGAUACAGCCAGCAACACACCAGACCCCUACCAGAGAAUGGUUUACAUUGCUGCCUUCGCAAUCUCUGGUUACUCCACGGCGACGUUCAGAAACCGCUACAAACCCUUUAACCCGGUGCUGGGGGAGACCUACGAGUGUGUCAGAGAGGACCGGGGCUUCCGCCUCAUCAGUGAGCAGGUCUGCCACCAUCCUCCCAUCUCUGCCUGCCAUGCAGAAUCAGAGAACUUCUCCUUCUGGCAAGACCAGCGAUGGAAAAAUAAAUUCUGGGGGAAGUCACUGGAGAUUCUGCCAACAGGAAUGGUGAACGUCACACUUCCAAGGUAUGGAGACCACUAUGAGUGGAACAAAGUCGUGACCUGCAUCCAUAACGUCCUCAGCCAGCAGCGCUAUCUGGAGCAUUACGGAGAGGUCACCAUCCGCAACCUCAACAGCGACGUCUGCACCUGCAAGAUUACCUUCGUCAAGUCUCGUUAUUGGGGUUCCGACACCAACAAGAACGAGGUUCAGGGCACGGUGCUCGACCAGAGUGGGAGCGUCAUUCACCGGUUCGGAGGUCUGUGGCAUGAAGGCAUCUUCUGUGACACUCUGCCCACUCCGAAAUGUGUCUGGAAGCCAAAUCCCCAGCCAAAGGAUUACCUGCUGUACUAUGGUUUCUCCACCUUCGCCAUGGAGCUGAACGAGCUCACCCCAGACCUGAAGCCACUCCUGCCUCCUACAGACAGCCGCCUGCGGCCAGACCAAAGGAUGCUGGAGGAGGGAAAGGUGGAGGAGGCAGACAAAAAGAAAGACGACAUAGAGCAGUUUCAGAGGGAGCGGAGAAAAGAGCUGAGCAAAAGGGGUGAAGAACACGUUCCACGUUUUUUCAAGAAAGCCAAAGAUUCCUGUGGACGGGACGUGUGGCUGACAAACAGCACCUACUGGAAGCUCAGGGAGAACCCCGGCUUUGCUAACCUCGAAAACGUGAUUCUGUGGUGAUGAGACGACAGCGACGAGCGACGCCAGACAAAAUCACACGAGAGAGAGAAAGAUAUGAGCGUUGGGUAUUCAGCCAGCAUGUGUGAACCGCUCUGAGGAACCUGCAGGGCGAAGACGGUGCUGCUGAGCUCUUCUCGCUCCUCCUCUACGCCCGUGACUGGCUCAUGGGAACCCGACAGUCACCUGUCAAACUACACAGCAUUUUCUAAAGCAUUUUAUUUAUUCAUUUAUUUAUUUUUAGAUUACUCCAAUCACUACAUGUAUGUUUAUAUUUUUGAGAGUUUCAGUUUUCGGCAUUCGGCACAUGCUGAAACGAACAAAUGACUUGAAAGAAGACAGUAAGUUGCAUUUGUCUGUCAGGUUUGUAAGGGAAGCCGACUUUGUUAGUGGAUUAAACCUAAACAUUCAGUCACAUUAUGUCCUCUCAGCUGAUUUACUGCAUUUUAUAAGAACUGAGUGCUGAAGUCGAUGUGGGAAAAGCAGGCGUCACCAAAGGGCCAGCUGGCUUGUGCUAAUUUGAUUUAUUGCAGAAUUGAUUGGGAAUAUACAGUUUUCUGAUAUUUUUAUAAUAACUACAACACUGUGCAUGGUGCAAAUGCCUGAAUAAAUAAAGUGUUCAAACAAGUAUUACAAGCAGAGGGUAAAAAGCCUCCCUUCCAGGCUGCCGUAGUUACAGUGCAGUUAAAACGUCCUCCAGCCUGUUGCUUACACAUCAGGCUGAAGUUGAUUGUCACUGACUUAAAGAGGAUGUUUUAUUGACAAAGCUAAAGACAGUAUCUGUCUAAAUGCUUUGGUUGUUGCUGACUUGUAUCACGGCUGCAGAAACAUCUUUUUUAUUUGUUAUUUAAAAAAUGAUUAUUACCAGCAUUCGGUAUGUAUACACAUGUUAAGAAGAGAGGAUAUUACACUUUAUUUUUAUGUCCUUAAUAGCGAAAAGAAUAUCCAGCUGGAUGGAGUGUAUUUGCACUUUAAACUGUCGAUAUCAAAGCUGUGUUUUUAUUUCUCAGUGGUAUAAAUUCAUUUAUUGCAACUGCACUUGACUUGCAGAUGUGUCUAGCAUAAGACUUUUGUGUGAAAGUGAUGUGGACAAGCUUAAAAUAAAAUCAUUUUUAUUCACAAUGUUUAUAUUAAUUCUCACAUAAUUAUUUUUAUUCUUUCAUUGUUGCUAUGCAGCUUUUAGAAAAUGUGCCU